GUGCCCACACCACGGCUGCGGUACGGUACCUGUCUCUUCUCCACGCUCUUUAUCUGGCCUUCGUCGUGGAGCAAUCGUACUUAUCCUCCUCACGGCCUCCUAGUUACGCUCAUUCCCUUCCCACUUUUACGAUCGACAAGACUGUCGACUAGGGACCUGUGCUUUUCUCCUUCUUUCGGUUCUUGUUUCUUCCGGGGACUCGCCUUUUUGGGAUUUUACAUCCGUGCCAUUCUUUUAGAUAUCUUCACGAGCCCGUCCUUCCCUUUGGUCUCGACUUGGACACUACUUCAUCUAGACCCAGGCCCGCGCGCAAUCUCUCUACACAUAUACUCCAAACCUCAGCAAAGAGAGUUCAUCACUAAAAGACUGCCUCACGGACCGACGAGUUCAUGUACAACACUAUCCUGCCCCGAGUCCUCGACCACUAAGACAGUCCGAUCCUGCGUGAUCUAUACUGCCGUCCCUUCCUUCAGACCGGAACCGAACAUCCCUCCUUAGGCCACCUGCCUCAAACCACGAUAACUGGGAGCAACACCAGACAAGCACUGUACAAACUACCACCCACCACCGCGACCGACUAUACUUAAUUACUAUACACGCGACAAGAAACAAGAGGAAGACACCAGGAGUGUGAGAGUCCCUGACAUCUAGAGUUAGCAAAGCAACUUCGUCACAAUGGAGUCCAUGAUGGCUCAGUCCAUGGCUCCGGCCUCAUUCUUCUACUACAGCCAGGAGCCCAGGCCAGACAGCCGGCAACAGUUCCACGGCCACUUCGCGCCUCACUCGAGCCUGCAGCAGCACCAGAUGCAGAUGUUUCCCGUCGUCCCGACCCUGCCCUCGACGCCCAUCUACUCGAGGCCCGGCUCUGCCUGCUCACAGCCCCCGGCGCACCCCAUGAUGCACCACCAACAGAUGAACAAGCCCGUCACCAGCUACCCGUCAGUCAUGACCCCGAUGGCGUCGCCGCAGCCUAUGGCCCGCAAGCCCACGGCUGUCCUGGAGCCCGAGAUCCACGACGGCGAGGGCAUGUUCUUCCCGUCGACGCCGCCUCUGUCCGUCUCGGGCAGCGCCAUCAGCAGCCCCGGCAGCUGCGACAUGCUCUCCAUGCCCCUGAACCCCAUGUUCUCUGGUCUCGACAACGUCGAGGGCGUCAAGCCCGAGGUCUGCUCGCCCGAGAGCUUCCCUGCUCUGGAGUGGUCCAACUGCGCAUCCCCUCCUAUGACGCCUGUCUAUCUCAACAACAAGCCCGCAAGGCAGCAGCAGCAGCAGAGGCUCUCGCCCCGAUUUACUAGCGCCCCCGCCCCCGAGGUUGCGCCUGCCGUCUCUGCCUGCCCUUCGCUGUCUCCCUCGCCGGCGCCCUACGCACGCUCCGUCAGCUCUGAGGACAACGACUUCUGCGAUCCCAGGAAUCUCACUGUGGGCCAGUUCGGUGCCACCAUCGCGCCCGAGUUCACCACCCUGCCUGCUGUCGACGAGUCUGUCGCCCCUGCUCAGAACCACUUCAACUUCCUGCCCUCGCUGCCCAGUGGCCUUCCCGUCUUCGAGGAGUUCUCGGAUCUAGAGUCCGAGGACGACUUUGUCAACGGCCUCGUCAACCUGGGCGACAAGACUGAGAGCCAGGUGAGCAGGACACGCGCCAGCUCUGACGCCGUGAGCCUGAGCCUCGACAGCUUCGUGUGCACCGAGGACCUCGAGUUCGCCGCCGCUGCUGUCUCGGCAGAGCCUUUCCCUCUUCUGCCCUCUGCCCCCAUCGCCUUUUCGGGCGACUCGCACAAAGACAAGCGCCAGAGGACCACCAGCGGUCCCGCUGUGACCAUGGCCGCCGCCUCGACCUCCCCCGCUGCUGAGCAGCAGCAGUCGCACGCGCAGCAGCAGCAGGCCCCGACCAGCAGCAACGAGGCCGACGCCAGGAGUGAUUCGGGUGCUUCUCACUCGGAUAGCCAGGGCAACGGCGUACCGGCCCCCACCAGCCGACGCGGCCGCAAGCAGUCGCUCACCGAGGACCCGUCCAAGACGUUCAAGUGCGAGCUGUGUGAUCGCCGCUUCAGGCGUCAGGAGCACUUGAAGCGCCACUACCGCUCUCUGCACACGCAGGACAAACCCUUCGAGUGCCACGAGUGCGGUAAGAAGUUCUCGCGCUCCGACAACCUCACCCAGCACGCCCGCACCCACGGAUCCGGCGCCAUCCCGCUCAACCUCAUCGACGACGGUGACGUGGUCGGUUUCCCCCACCCGCACAUGUACGCGACCAUGGGCGCUCCCAUGCCUACCGACUACGACCACUACGGCAAGAUUCUCUUCCAGAUCGCCUCCGAGAUCCCUGGCAGCGCUAGCGACCUGUCAUCCGACGAGGGCGACGACAACAGGAAGCGCAAGCGCGCCGACUAAAGGCGCACCACAGCAAGAUCACAAGUGUCGACGCCGGCCUUUCGACGACAUUUGACGCCCGGCAUGACUCUCACGACUACUAUACCACCACACCACCUUCUCUUCUCGCGGACCCUUGGCGUCUUCUGCCGCGUCCGAAGCUAGCUUCCGGCGGCGGGGAUUCCAAGGCAGCACACACUCUAGGGUCAACACCUUUUUUUAAAGGGACGGGGAAUCAUCAUAAGCGAUCAGCAAAGGGCUUGCUGCUUCUACGGCCAAGACGACGUAAAUGGGUUUGAGCGUUAAGUCGCAGGGCAAACCUGACAAGAGUUUGCAAUUUUUCUCAAGAAAGAGAGGCAGGCCUCACGGGAGUGUGAGAGUGUUCUCUGAACUGUAUCAUCACCUUGUGUCAGCGUACCAUACCAGUUGGAUUCUGGAUCUUGUUUUGUUGCUUUUAUUACUUUUAACCGAAAAACUUUCGAUCCUGCUUUUCUUCUUGUCUUUUCUGCCGCAUGUUUGUUGUUUGCGUUGCUUGUUUGCAUACCAACGCGCCAUGGGUGGAGGAUGGGGGGAUCCUGUAUCGUCUUCGCUUCGACUACCUUCGUUUCGACUCCUUUAGAAACAACACACUCUUUCCCACAACGCUUGCUUGCUUG